GACCCGAGAGGUUGGACACUAGAGGGCGAUGCCCGGCCCUGCAGGGAAACGGAGGGGUAUAAAUACGAGGCAAGAGGGCUGGCGGAGGCAGCCCGGGCGUGAGUCGAGAAAAGCGCUGCGAGCGGCCCGGGAUUUGCGCACGGCGGAGCGGGGAGCAGCCGCAGCCGCAGCCGAAGCCGGGGAGCUCCCCCCACCAUGCGCGGCGGAGGCUCCGUUUAGAUCCUCGAUGGAUCCGGGCAACUUCUACGAGGCGGACCCGCGGCCCCUGAUGAGCAGCGCCCUGCAGCAGCCUCGCCCGCACCACCACCCGCACCACCCCCAGCAGCAGCAGCCUCUGCCCUCGCCCGCCUCGGCGCACCUGCCCGGCGCGCAGGGCUACAGCUACCUGCCGGCGGCCGAGCUGCAGGACAUCUGCGAGCACGAGAACUCCAUCGACCUGAGCGCCUACAUCGACCCGGGCGCCUUCAACGACGAGUUCCUGGCCGACCUCUUCCAGCAUAACAAGCAGCAGCAGCAGCAGCAGCAGCAGCAGGAGCGCGCCGCCAAGGCCGGCCUCGAGUGCGCCAUGCCGGGCGCGGGGCUCUCGCAGGGCGGCGCGCUUUACGGCUACGCGGACAAGCCCGAGGGCGGCGCGGCCUACGAGCGCCUGGGCCUGGGGCAGCACCAGCACCAGCAGCACCCCCCGCUGGCCGGCCUGCGCCCGCUGCUCAUCAAGCAGGAGCCCCACGAGGAGGACGAGGCGGCGGCGCUGGUGGCCCUCUACCCGCCGCCGCCCGCCUGCAGCCACCUCCAGUACCAGGCGGCGCACUGCGCCCAGACCGCCGUGCACCUGCAGCCCGGCGGGCAGCCCACGCCGCCGCCCACGCCGGCCCCCAGCCCGCACCAGCACCCGCACCCGCACCCGCACCGGCUCCACGCCGCCUCCUCGUCGUCGUCGGGCUCGUCGUCGUCCUCGUCGUCGUCGGGGGGCAAGGCCAAGAAGUGCCUGGACAAGAGCAGCAGCGAGUACCGCGUGCGCCGCGAGCGCAACAACAUCGCCGUGCGCAAGAGCCGCGACAAGGCCAAGCUGCGCAACGCCGAGACGCAGCAGAAGGUGCUGGAGCUGAGCUCCGACAACGAGCGCCUCCGCAAGCGGGUCGAGCAGCUCAGCCGCGAGCUCGACACCCUGCGCGGCAUUUUCCGCCAGCUGCCCGAGAGCUCGCUGGUCAAGGCCAUGGGCAGCUGCGCCUGAACCGCCCGGCCCGGGGCCCCUGGCCUCUGCCCGCCAGCCAGCCAGCCAGCCAGCCGGACCGGCGCUCUCCCGGGCCCUCCGCCGCGCCUGCGGGACCCGUCGGGCCGCCCUUCGCCCGCACAGGGGAGGGCUGGCUUCGCCGGGCCCCUCCGGAGCGCACGAUCUGCGCACGAACUUUGACCGAACCGGACUGACUCCGGGGCUGAGCCUCGUUGGCAGAGGUGCCAAAUGUCGUGCCUUAGAGGGGGAGCCGCUCUCGCCCAGGGUGCCUCUCCACAUACCGCCCCCUUGGGGGCAACCGGAGCCUGGAUGUCACGUGUGAACCCGCGAACAGGGACUGAAGCGGGUCGGGGGAAGGCGAAAGCAAGGACUGAGCGCAGCGGUGGGCUGAUGUGCCUGGGGAGUGAUGGGGGCGGGUGGGGGAUCCUGUGGGUGCCAAGAGGGAUCGCGUGCAAUUGGGGUCUUUGCUGCUGCUGCUGCUGUGUUUCAAAGAGGGUUCCCUCCACUAUCAGUAAGGCUGAAGUGGUGCCGGGAGGUGAAUGUUUGGGGAGGGGACAGCUGGGCACUUCAUGGCUGAGCAGAAAAUUCAGGACUCAAAAGGGAAACUGGCGCUGGGGAUGGAGUUCUGGCUUAGGCCGGGUCGCCUUCAACCCAAACCCACCGCUGUUGUCUGUACUAUACACGUAAAACUGUGGCGAAGCACAAAACCGAAGCUGAACAAUACCGACGGAUGCGGGUAUUGACUUAUUCCAAAAAGUCUGUUGGUUUUUCUCUCCUUGGUUACUUCAGCCGUGCGCCUCUCCUCCCCCCCCCCCUCACCUCUCCCCCCAAAUCGGUGCCUUCUGUACUGUGAAAGCCGAGAGGUCCCCUCGGUUGCUGGCCAUAUUUUGUAUUUUAUUGCUUGGAGCCCCCUGUCACUUUCUCUGUCUUGUAAAAAACGUUUUUAACAUUGCUUCUGGAGUUGACUUAGCUGUUCCCAGGAGUGGGCGAUUGCCGCUCAAAAGCACGCUCUGGGGGCCUGGAUCUUGCACACUCCAGCUGCCGGCCCCCUGCUCUGUGAGUCCAAAAGAUUUUGCGACAGACUUGCCCUGUUUGGAGGUGUGGGGGCGGCUGUCCUCUUUGCCCCAACUUUCAGUGAGCACUCUGAACCAACCAAUGCAUCCACUAAGAGUUUCGCAGGGAGGUUAAAACUUUAAAUAAUGCCAAUUUUUAACCAGGUAGAAGAAUGUAAUGGUUAUUUUUUUUUCUUAUUAGUGUGAUGUACCUGGAAAUUUUAUGCAUUUUUAUAUGAAAAUGGUGUAUUUUAAAGCUCAGAUGAUACAGAAUGUUUAAAUUCUUGGUUAAAAUUCAUCAAUAAAAUGCCAAUAUUCUGCCAUAACUUACA